AUGUCAAACUCGUACGAACACCUUUUACCUCCUAGCUGGAAGCCCCAGGUUACUGCAUGGCUUGCAGAAGACACACCAUCCUUUGACUACGGUGGAUACGUCGUCGGUGAAGUAGAGCGGGAAGCCUUUCUGUUCGGCAAAGGCAAAAUCCCCGCCGUCCUAGCGGGAUCCCCAUUCUUCACCGAGGUUUUUGCUCAACUGGGCUGUCAGGUUGAAUGGCACAUCAAAGAAGGAGAAACUUUCGAGCCGAUCAAGCAUGUCGCGACAGUCAAGGGCAAAGCGAGACAUCUGCUUCUGGGCGAACGCGUCGCCCUGAAUAUGUUGGCGAGAUGCAGUGGUAUUGCUACACAAUCCAAGAAAAUCAAAGAUCUUGCUCGAGGAUAUGGAUAUAACGGCAUCAUUGCUGGAACCAGGAAAACAACGCCUGGAUUUAGACUAGUAGAGAAAUACGGCAUGCUAGUAGGAGGAAUUGACCCUCAUCGUCAUGAUCUCUCGAGCAUGAUCAUGCUCAAAGACAAUCACAUCUGGUCGUCCGGGUCAAUCACCGCCGCUAUUCAUCAGGCCCGCUCCGUGGGAGGAUUCAGCUUGUUACUAGACGUCGAAGUCGGAUCUGAAGCCGAAGCGGACGAAGCGAUUGACGCUGGUGCGGACAUCGUUAUGCUCGACAACAUCGAGGGUGAAGAACUCGUGAGCGUUGCUAGGAAGUUGAAGCAAAAGUGGCAGGGAAAGAGAAAGUUUCUUUUCGAAACGAGUGGAAACAUUACAGAGGCUAAUCUACAAGCGAGAGCGAUCAACGAAAUCGACAUCUUGAGUACUAGCGUUGUCCAUCAGUCCGUACAGCACAUCGAUUUCAGUUUGAAGAUACAGAUGCCGAAGUAG